UCACCUCUUUGUCCAGAAUUGGGUCUUCGCCGGAUCUCCGCUUCAUCCACAUCCCAUUACCGCCGGCGUCAUCUUCUUCUUCUUCUUCUUCUCUUCAGAUCGAUUCAGAUCCAAUCUGUAGUGGUUUCUGGGAAAGAUGAGUCAAGUGUUUGAAAGAUAUGAGAGGCAAUACUGUGAUGUAUCUGCAAAUUUAUCAAAGAAGUGUACUUCAGCUAAUGCUCUUGAUGGAGAACAAAAGAAGCAGAAGCUAUCUGAAAUAAAAUCUGGGGUUGAGGAAGCUGAAGCAUUGGUUAAGAAAAUGGACCUCGAGGCGAGAAGCCUUCCACCCAAUGUUAAAUCCAGUCUCCUUGUCAAAUUAAGGGAAUACAAAUCCGAUCUUAACAAUUUCAAGACUGAAGUGAAGAAAAUCACAUCUGGAAACUUAAACGCUACUGCGCGAGAUGACUUACUAGAAACUGGUAGGGCUGACGCAUUGACGGCUUCAACUGAUCAAAGAUCAAGAUUGAUGAUGUCAACAACUCGUUUAGACCAAACCACAAACAAAAUCAAGGACAGUAUGAGAACAUUGCUGGAGACCGAAGAGCUUGGUGUUUCAAUCCUUCAGGAUCUGCACGGCCAGAGACAGUCUCUUCUACGGGCCCAUGAAACUGUUCAUACAAUUGAUGACAACGUGGGAAAGAGCAAGAAGAUAUUGACCGCGAUGACGAGGAGAAUGAAUAGGAACAAAUGGACUAUUGGGGCAAUUAUCACAGUCCUUGUCCUCGCCAUUAUCUUUAUCUUAUACUUCAAACUCACCAGGUGAAGAAGCCUCUCUCUUCACCCAGCCUGGCCAAAUGUUACUGAACAACUCGUGUUGUGUUCUCUUGUGUGUCUUCUCCUUCUCUUUGAGUUUAUUUUCUCGAUUUUGUUGAUGGUAACUCUUGAGAUAUUGAAAUUAGAACUCGAGUCUACUUAUGUGUUAUUUGAUUGAACAUAGUGUAAUUGACUAAUGAGGAAGCUCUUGUUAACCCUUUUGCUU